AGCAGGCGCGUGUGUAGCUGGAGCCUUGUGUAUGAGUGAGUGGUGACCUGUGUUGGGUGAGAGGGCUGCUGAUUUGCAGAACCGGCCAGCCUGAGAAUCUCCGGUGGUAUAGGGGGUGCAGAGAAACCCUAACCAGAAAGGAAGUCUUGUUCUGAAAUUUCUGCUUCCAGUUAAGAAAGAUGGGGAAAAGAAAGAAGUUUUCUUCUAGCCGCCGAGAGCUGGUUUUUGAUGAGGAGAAGAGAAAAGAAUAUUUGACUGGUUUCCAUAAAAGGAAAGUACAAAGAAGAAAGGCUGCUGUGGAAGAAAUCAAACAGAAAAUAAAGGAGGAGCAAAAGAGGAUGAAGGAAGAGAGGCACAAAGAAUACAUGAGGAUGCUUAAGGAACGUGAAGACGCUUUAGAGGAAGCGGAUGAAAUAGAGAGGCUGGUGACUGCUAAAACGGAGUCUCUUCUCUUUGACCAUCCCAAUCACACUGUAACCGUGACAACUAUUAGUGAUCUGGACCUGUCCGGAGUGGGCCUUCUGCCUCCUGGCAGCAUGGAGGAGGAUGAGAACCUGAAAGAAUCGGCCAAAUUUACUGCUCCUCUGCCCAAGAAAGCUGGAGACCCACUUUUAUCAAAGAGAAUCUCCAACCUCACAAAGUCACUGCAUGUCCGCAGUCAGCGCAAGUCGUCGCAUAAACGGCCUUCUAAGAACACGGAUGACAAAAAGCAACCAAUCCGACAAACCGGACGGACAAGCAAAGCCCAGCGAAGACGACAGACUGGCGGCAAAACUGGAAGGAAUAGAGUUUGAGACGCAUACUUUUUUUUUCAAGUUUUCGCCAGCCGUGCCAACCAGUGUAAAAACAGUUUACAGUGCACUCUGCACUAUCCAGCUUAUAACUGCAAAGGUGGAAAACGAGGACAUAACUUUUAUGGAUUUUUUUUUUUCUAUUUACAAGGAGAAAAUGAUCUACAUUUUAUAGAGUGCCUAAUUACUUGUUAUAUUUGAAUGUAGCUUAUGUGAUUCACAUUGUAUAGUUUGUCAUGGCACCAAGUUGCUGAUGCUGUGCGAGCUCCUUUUCUCGUCAUACAACCAAUGGGGGAUAAGGGGUGGUGACCUCUUGCUUAAAAGGCCCCCACCCUGUGUGUGUAUGAAAGAGAAGCUUCUCCAGCAUCAUGAUGCAGGUAAUUGAGGAGUGUGGAGUGCCUUUGUUAAUGUGAUCUGAACAAGCUUGUGAUAUCUCUAAACAAUGACAGAAGAACAUUUUUUUUUUUUUUCUCGGUUCAUUUUGUCAAACCUCCCUUUUUUUGUUUUGUUCUAAUAGAAUAUUGCGUAGUUUUUUAUUUUUUUCAUCUUGCAAAGUUUGUAUCUACCCUACAUGUUAAAUUAUAGAACAGAUGGCAGUGGAGCAGGUGUUUUAGGUUGUGUGGUUGCGUGCCUUUUAUUAUAGUCCUCUUCAGAAGUUUUAAUAAUUUAACUGUUGCGUUUUCAGGGCUUGCACAUAUAAAAUGUUCUCUGUUAAACGUCUAGUCAUCGGUUUGUAAAUGAAUGACAUCAACAAUUGUAACCAAUCACACGUUCCCUUUUUAACCUACAUUAGCAAAUUGAUGUCUAGGGUCUGCUUAGUUGUGGACAGCCUAAAGUGUAUGUAUAACCAAGAGUAAUGUUUCUACUUUUGGAACCCCUGUCAGGUUUUACUGUUAUGGGCUCUGUUAGAAAGAUUUUCUAUCACUUUCUGAUCUUGGGACACUUUACAAGACCAAAAAAGUAAGAUCUACAAUUAAAAGCUGACGGGUUUUUAGCAUUCCCUUACUUUAUCUUAUCUCUCUAUUUAAUUUUUUGCCACUGAGGGCAGUUUACACCUGAAUCGCACAACAACACGGUCUGCAUUCUAUUGCAUUUUUUCAGCAAUCCCAUGUGGUGCAGUUUUGAAGGCCAAUAAGGCCUGCACAAAAAGUAGCGAAUGCAGUACUUUAAUUAAAAUGCAGUGUACCAAAUCGCAUGGUAUCUGUGCUUGGGGUGUCGUUAAGAAUAUAUUGCCAUCAGCAGCAGAUCGCAAAGGCAGUGAAUUUUAAGUGGGGUACUUGGCAACUCCUUUUCAAUUAGUAAUUUUGUGCUGGAAAAUUAUAAUUGCAUUGCAUCUAGGUUCAGAACUCUGGUCAAACAGCUAAAUGCACAGUUUAAUAUACUAUUUAACUUUUUUUUUCCUGUACAUCCAAUUUUAUGAUUUAUGUACCUCUGCCAAACUGCACUGUCAGGUAGGUGACAGACUUAUUUCCUGCUUCAGUAAAAUUUCCUGAGUCACUUCUGUCUCCAGGCUGCUUAUUGAACAUCAGUCCGCAUCAUCAAAUCUGCUACAUGUGCAGGCAGAUGACUUAGGACUUGGUAAUAAUAAAACUCAAAGUAUUUGA